GUAGUUUGAGGGAGCGCUCACUUCAGUAGCUCAGAAAGGCGGUUCCGGUAGGCGAGCUCCCCGACCAGGGUGUGGUGUGGACAGUGAGGGCUAGUGUCCGUCACACUGUCCUUCCCGUUUAUUCACUUCAGCCAGAGCUGCCACUUCAACAGGUAGCGCUGCAUCACACCCCUCUCCCAGGGCACUCCUGGUAGGGGACGAAGGAUUCCACUAGCCCGAGGAGACAGAAGGAGCCACAAUGGACGACAUCUUCACCCAGUGCAGAGAGGGUAACGCUGUAGCCGUCCGCCUCUGGCUGGACAACACGGAGAACGACCUUAACCAGGGAGAUGAUCACGGAUUCAGUCCGCUGCACUGGGCGUGUCGGGAGGGCCGCGCCAACGUGGUGGACAUGCUCAUUAUGAGAGGAGCCCGAAUCAAUGUGAUGAACCGUGGAGACGAUACACCACUCCACCUGGCUGCGAGCCACGGACACCGUGACAUUCUGGGCAAGCUAAUCCAGUGCAAAGCAGACACCAAUGCAUCUAACGAACACGGCAACACCCCGCUCCACUACGCCUGCUUCUGGGGCCAUGACUUGGUCGCUGAGGACCUUGUCAAUAACGGUGCUCAGGUGAGCAUCUGUAACAAAUAUGGAGAAACACCAUUGGACAAAGCCAAGCCACAUCUGCGUGACCAUCUGAAAGAAAUGGCUGAGAAGCAAGGACAGAAUCUGACCAAAGUUCCCUUUAAGGACACCUUCUGGAAGGGCACAACCCGAACACGACCACGCAAUGGCACACUAAACAAACAUGCCGGCAUAGACUACAAGCAGCUCUCAUUUAUGGCCAAGAUCAAUGAAAAUCACUCAGGAGAGUUGUGGAAGGGACGUUGGCAAGGGACGGAAAUUGUGGUGAAAGUGCUCCAUGUUCGGGAUUGGACCACGAGAAAGAGUCGGGACUUUAAUGAGGAAUACCCCAAGCUGAGAAUCUUCUCCCAUCCCAACGUGUUGCCCAUGUUGGGGGCAUGUCAGUCGCCCCCUGCUCCUCACCCAGUCAUCAUCACACACUGGAUGCCAUAUGGCUCCCUUUACAACGUGCUCCAUGAGGGCACCAACUUUGUGGUGGAUCAGAUGCAGGCGGUGAAGUUUGCGCUGGAUAUUGCAUGCGGGAUGGCCUUCCUUCACACACUGGAGCCCAUGAUUCCACGUCACUAUCUCAACAGCAAGAGUGUCAUGAUAGAUGAGGACAUGACAGCCAGGAUAAGCAUGGCAGAUGUGAAGUUCUCCUUCCAGUGUCCUGGCAGGAUGUAUUCUCCAGCAUGGAUGGCCCCUGAAGCUCUGCAGAAGAAACCGGAGGAAAUUAACAGGCGUUCUGCAGACAUGUGGAGCUUUGCUGUGCUGCUCUGGGAACUUGUCACCAGAGAAGUACCAUUCGCUGAUCUCUCCAACAUGGAGAUUGGCAUGAAGGUGGCACUAGAGGGUCUGCGUCCCACCAUCCCUCCUGGCAUCUCUCCCCACAUCUGCAAACUUAUGAGGAUCUGCAUGAACGAAGAUCCUGCGAAGAGGCCCAAAUUUGACAUGAUCGUGCCCAUCCUGGAGAAGAUGCAGGACAAAUAAAGAGUCCUGACUGUUCUCUCUACACUCCUUUCUACAGCUCCCCCUGCGCAUCAACAACCUCCUCACCCUCUUCAUAUGCUGAUUGCACCAGUAUUGCCUUAAAUCCACCAUUCACCAAAGUGCUCUGUCACUGUAACCUUUCAGCAAUGAAAGCACGUUUGUACUUUAUACGUGUCGAACUGUUUGUGUUAUCCUUGCAAUCUCUCUUGUACUGUUCCUUGUGAUACACAUUCAGUGGAUGAUUGUGUAUGUCUGUCUGUUUUUAUGUCUGCUCUGCGUAAGGGGUUUAUGGAGAUAGAUAUGGAAUUAUUUAAAUGCCUCUUAAUAGCCAUAAAUCAGUGUGUUGGUGAUGAGGAGCAUGUGACACAGUGAAUGUACUGUAUCAGCGAAAAUGUACCAUCUAACCACUAGUCCCUUCAUUUCAUUGUUCAUCAUCACUGUCCUUCCUGGGGGCCAUAUUUCACCAUUAUUAACUGUGCUUGUGAAGUCUUUCUUGAAACUGUCAGUUUUUACGCCUUGUGAUGUAUGUUUCUUAACCUUUGUGGCAAAGGGAGUAUUCCUGUACUAACUCCCUGCAAGAGAAUGACAUAUGCAAUGAAUAUUAAGUAUUUGAUCAAAUGUACCAUGUUAGCCUUAUUCCCCACUUUUAGCAGUCAUCCAUUCAUUUUAAUGUGUGUGUGCGUGUGUGUGUGUGCGCAUGCAAAAAGUGUUUCCUGCCAUACCCAAGUAUUUUGUUCAGAUCUUGUACUAAACAAACUGAAAGACUUGCUACCUGCAAUAGUUAAUGCUAGUUUUAUGGCUUGUCAUGCAACUAGUUACCAAAUAGUGAGAUGCCCAAAGCAUCAUGGCCAACUUCCUUAAUGUAUGACUGCAGUUAUUUUAAAGGUAGGAGUUUGAUGUUUUGGCCCAGGCCUGGAGGAAAUGGCUUUUUUUCUGCUAUGAAUGCAUGGCUUUUUCUCUAUUUCAUUAACUAACCUGUUUCUAUUAUGUAAUCUUCAUUGUCCAUGCUGUGUGCUGAAAUGUAUCGGUCUAAACAUUUUUAUACUGUCUGUAUGCAUAUAUGUAUGUUUUUGAACAUGGGGUGGAGAUGCAUCUGCCAGCCCAUGAGUGCUUUGUUAUGAACUUCUGCCAACACUACAUCUGUACACUAGCUUCACUGUUUCUGCUUUCACUGUCCAAUGUGAGCUUCUCAGUUCAGUGUUUAUUAACAACCAGAGAGACAAUGAUUAAUAGAUGUCCCAUAUAAUUUUUAAAUACAGUAUAUUAGCUCAGUAACAGAGUUUUUGUACUCUAGUUGUGGAGGAAGAGAUCUUGAUCUUGAUCUUUUAAAUGAUCUCGCUAGUUCUUCGUUUCCCGCUGAUAUUUUGAAUAAAACGUUAUGGUCUUUUGUUUAUCUUUUUUUGGAAAUUUGGACUGUUUAUAUAUAUUUUUCAUGUUAACAGGAGUUUACAAUCGAACAGAAGACAAGAACAAAUAAAGUGUUUUGGCCUUGCUUAA